GGCGCCGACCGACCUGUGGCCCAAUGGCGGCGGCGCGCGGGCACGCAGGGGGCGGGGCGGGUGCGCCCGACUUUUCCAGAAGACCCGGAUCGCUCUUCUCGGCCACGCUGAGCCGGCUUCAGGCGUUCCGCGCGCCGGCUCUCCUCCCCUUCCUCUCUUGGGUCAGCAAUGGCGGCCGUGAAGACCCUGAAUCCCAAGGCUGAGGUGGCUCGAGCCCAGGCGGCGUUGGCGGUCAACAUCUCCGCGGCCCGGGGCCUGCAGGAUGUACUGAGGACCAACUUGGGGCCUAAAGGCACCAUGAAGAUGCUUGUGUCUGGUGCUGGCGAUAUCAAGCUUACUAAAGACGGGAAUGUGCUUCUUCAUGAAAUGCAAAUUCAGCACCCAACGGCCUCCUUAAUAGCCAAAGUGGCAACAGCCCAGGAUGACAUAACUGGUGAUGGUACCACUUCGAAUGUCCUAAUCAUUGGAGAGCUGUUGAAACAAGCGGAUCUCUACAUUUCUGAAGGUCUUCAUCCCAGAAUAAUAACAGAAGGAUUUGAAGCUGCAAAGGAAAAAGCACUGCAGUUUUUGGAACAAGUCAAAGUAAGCAAAGAGAUGGACAGGGAAACACUAAUAGAUGUGGCCAGAACAUCUCUACGUACUAAAGUUCACGCUGAGCUUGCUGAUGUCCUCACAGAGGCAGUUGUGGACUCCAUUUUGGCCAUUAAAAAACAAGAUGAACCUAUUGACCUCUUCAUGGUUGAGAUUAUGGAAAUGAAACAUAAAUCUGAAACUGAUACAAGCUUAAUAAGAGGUCUUGUUUUGGACCAUGGAGCACGACAUCCUGAUAUGAAGAAAAGAGUAGAAGAUGCAUACAUCCUCACCUGUAAUGUGUCGUUGGAAUAUGAAAAAACAGAAGUGAAUUCUGGCUUUUUUUACAAGAGUGCAGAAGAGAGAGAGAAACUAGUAAAAGCUGAAAGAAAAUUCAUUGAAGAUAGAGUUAAAAAAAUAAUAGAACUGAAAAAGAAAGUUUGUGGUGAUUCAAAUAAAGGAUUUGUUGUUAUUAAUCAAAAGGGAAUUGACCCCUUUUCCUUAGAUGCUCUUGCUAAAGAAGGCAUAGUGGCUCUGCGCAGAGCUAAAAGGAGAAAUAUGGAAAGGCUGACACUUGCUUGUGGUGGGAUAGCUCUAAAUUCUUUUGAUGACCUAAAUCCCGAAUGUUUGGGACAUGCAGGACUUGUCUAUGAGUAUACACUGGGAGAAGAGAAAUUCACCUUCAUUGAGAAAUGCAAUAAUCCUCGCUCUGUGACAUUAUUGGUCAAAGGACCAAAUAAGCACACUCUCACUCAGAUCAAAGAUGCAAUAAGAGAUGGUUUGAGAGCUGUUAAAAAUGCUAUUGAUGAUGGCUGUGUAGUGCCAGGUGCUGGUGCAAUAGAAGUCGCAAUGGCAGAAGCCCUGGUUAAAUACAAGUCCAGUGUAAAGGGCAGGGCCCAGCUUGGAGUCCAAGCAUUUGCUGAUGCCUUGCUCAUUAUUCCCAAGGUUCUUGCUCAGAAUUCCGGUUUUGACCUUCAGGAAACACUAGUUAAAGUUCAAGCAGAACAUUCGGAAUCAGGUCAACUUGUGGGUGUGGACUUGAACACAGGUGAGCCAAUGGUAGCAGCAGAAGUUGGCAUAUGGGAUAACUAUUGUGUAAAAAAGCAGCUUCUUCACUCGUGCACUGUGAUUGCCACCAACAUUCUCCUGGUUGAUGAAAUCAUGCGAGCUGGAAUGUCUUCUCUAAAAGGUUGAAUUGAAGCUUCCCAUAUAUCAACUGAAACAUGAAGACUCAAGAGAGUGAUCCUAAGAUUCUAGCUGUGGAAUUUUUGUCCAAGCUUCAAAUGAUUUUCAAAGGAAUUUUCUUUUCCCAUAUGAGAAAAAAAGGAGGAAAAUGCUGGCAUCUGUUCAAAUUCUGAAGUUCUGAAAUUAUAAUUACAGUAUUUUUUUAAUUGCACUGAAGUAUAUACACAUAAAGCAGGCCAUUUCUAUCCAAAGACCAGGAUGUUUUGUUUUAGCUUCAGUGAUAACAAAAUACAUGUCAGAUAAGCAUAUGUUAUCUUGUUAUUAAAUAUUACUUGAAAAAUGAAUGGUUUAAUAAUUUCUUCUGAUGUAUUUUAAUUUAUCCAAUAGUUCCCUAUUGUUAAGCAUUUAAGUUUUAAAAUUUUAUGCUUAUAUAACACUCAAGUAACACAAGAUUUUGAAAGCAUCCCUGUUUACUUGGUAUAAAUUCCUGUGGGUAAAACUCAUUGGAUCAGUUAGACUUCUUGCUUCUCAAGUAGCUUUGGAAAUGCUCCCCCAAAAAGUUACCUUGUAGUGGGCAGAAAGAUAGGUGAACUAGAGAAGCUGGAGGACUGAAAGAGCUACAACAUUUAUAAAGUGUUAAGAAUAGAAACAGUGGCGCAGGCAAACAAUACUGCUGAAGGCUUAAGUGAUCAAGAGGCGAGGUAAAAGACAAUUUGAGCAGGCCAUACUUUUAACACCUCUGACCCUUUGCUUAUGCUGCAGUGUCCAUCUCACAUCCUCUUGUCUUUUUCUAACCCAAGUUACUGUUCUACAUAUUUCAACAAACUUGUUUUUAUACAGUUGGUAUAUCUUUGCAGUCCUUCAAGAUAAAGUUGUUGCUAAGCUUUGUAUUUUGAGAACUUGGCAGUUGGCCUACAGUGAGUGUGCAAUAAAUGUUAAGUUGAAA